AUGUUGGCAGAUGGAACAGUGGGGGUGAACGGGAGCUCAAAAGCCGAAGAGUUUGACGCCGUCAUUGUCGGUGCGGGCUUUGGCGGCAUUUAUCUCUUGCAUACGCUACGCAAAUUGGGAUACAAAGUGAAAGUCCUCGAAGCCGGGAAAUGGUUUGGCGGAAUUUGGUGGUGGAACUCGUACCCAGGAGCGCGUGUCGACACGCACUGGCCGUUUUAUGAGUUCGCUGCAAAGGAAUUAUGGGAGGACUGGACUUGGAAGGAGCGGUUCCCAGCCCGCGACGAAUUGGUCAAGUACUUUGAGCAUGUUGACAAGAAGUGGGAUCUCCAAAAGGACAUUCUAUUCGACAACGCCGUCGUCAAGGCCGAUUUUGAUGAGAAGUCAAACACCUGGACAGCCGUUACUAACAAAGGCUAUGUCGCCAAAGCCCCGUUUCUUCUGCUAGCAACAGGUUUCGCUGCGAAGCCGUAUAUACCAAAAAUCAAAGGGCUGGAGACCUUCAAGGGCCAAGCAUACCAUACGGCACUGUGGCCCAAGGAAGGGGUCGACGUUAAAGGAAAGAAGGUGGGCAUUAUCGGCACAGGGGCGAGCGGUGUUCAGGUGAUCCAGGAGAUUGCACCCCUGGUUGAACAUCUGACGAUUUUCCAACGCACUGCCAAUCUCUCUCUACCUAUGGUCCAGGAGACCUACGACGAGAAGACAGUCCAGAAGCAGAUUGACGCAAAGAAGGACUUCCCAGCCAUAUUCAAGCACAUCCGAUCGACCUUUGGCGGCUUCGACUAUGAGUUCUUGACCAAAGCCUCGGAAGAUGACACGCCCGAAGAGCGCAUCGCGUACUGGGAGUCACAGUGGAAGGUCGGGGGCUUUACCCUCUGGCUGCACAACUACAAGGACAUUCUCAAGAACCCCGUCGUGAACCGUGCCAUGUAUGACUUCUGGGUGAACAAGACCCGGGCUAGACUGGCAGGUCUAGAUCCAGAAUUGAUCGAGAAUCUCGCACCGCUCGAGCCUGAGAAUCCGUGGGGAACGAAGAGGCCAUCGUUGGAAACGCGUUACUUUGAAGUCUUCCACCAGAAGAAUGUUGAUCUAUACAACGUCAAGCAAAACCCAAUCGCCGAGAUUACACCUACCACCGUAAAACUCACUGGGGGUCAAGAGGUUGAGCUUGAUAUUUUGGUCCUCGCCACGGGUUUCGACGCGGUCACAGGUAGCCUACUGCAGAUCGAUAUCACGGGCAUUGAUGGCCAGAAACUCGUCGAUAAGUGGGCAGCAGGCACAUCCACGCAGCUUGGGAUCGCCACUGCCGGAUUUCCCAAUAUGCUGUUCAUGUACGGGCCUCAGGCGCCGACUGGAUUCGCGAUUGGGCCGCGAAUCUCGGAAGUCCAAGGUGACUGGAUCGCGGGCCUUCUCGAGGAGAUGAAGCGACAUCGCUACACCAGGAUUGACGCGACUCGGGCGGCAGAGGAGAAAUGGAGAAAGGUCAACAAUGACGUGACUGCCGAAACCCUCAUGGUCAAGGCCAAUACCUGGUACAUGGGUGACAAUGUGCCAGGGAAGCCCCGUGAGGCCCUCAACUAUAUGGGUGGGUUGGCACACUACGAGACCCUCUUGAAAGCUUGCACCGCGGCUGGCUAUGAAGGAUUCAAUCUGAGCUAG